AUGCAACCUCAAGUACCAGAUUCUGAGGAUAAUGAGGAUAUGUUUGCUGAAGAAGGAUCAGAUGAAGAGCAACCAGAUUUUUUCAUUAAUUCUGAUAGGGAGCAGGAAGAAGUUGGUUUAGAGUUUAACCCGAAAACAGACAUGAAGAGGCUUGUUUUCAAAUUAGGGAUGAAGUUUGGUACAGUCCAGAUAUUAAGGGAUGCUUUGAGGGAAAUGGCUAUACAUGGAGGCUGGGAAUAUGUUUACAUUAAGAAUGACAAAGUAAGGUUAAUGGUUGUCUGCAAGGAGGAUGAUUUCCCUUUUGAGCUGUUUACUUCUAAAAUGCAGCAUAAGGCUACUUUGAUGAUCAAGGGGUAUAAUUUAAAGCAUACUUGCACAAGAAAAUUCAACAGCAAAAUGGUGAAGCUGAAGUACUUAACUGCAAAGUUCAAGGACCAGAUAGCCAAGAAUGAAGCAUGGAAACUAGAUUCACUAGCUAAGACAAUGUCUGCCAAUAUUAAAGCAAGGGUAUCAACUCAAAUGGCUUAUAAGACCAAGAGGGCAGCUUUGCUGGAGGUUGAGGGUUCUAUAAGAUACCAGUUUGCAAGGUUAAAGGAUUAUGGCAGUGAGCUUAAGAGGGUGGAUCUGGAAACUACCAUAGCUAGAUAUAAAGUUGGUUGUAGAAGUGUCAUUGGAUUGGAUGGAGCACACUUGAAAAGCUAUUUUGGAAGGCAGCUUCUGACUGCUAUUGGUGUAGAUGCCAACAACACAAGUUGGGUUGUGGCAUAUGCAAUGGUCGAUAUGGAGAGCAAGGACUCAUGGACAUGGUUUCUGGAGCUUUUGUGCAAGGACCUGGACAUCAAGGAAGAUGGAGCAUGA